CGCAGGCGUAUUUGUUCUUGAUAGCCGGUUUUGAGACGUCGUCGACCACACUGAGCUUCGCACUGUACGAGCUGGCACAGCACGAAGACGUACAACAGAGGGCGCGGGACGAAAUUUUGGAGGUGAUGGCGCGUCACGGCGACAAACUGACCUACGAGUGUAUGAGCGAAAUGAUAUAUUUGAACCAGAUAAUAUCAGAGACUUUACGUUUAUACACUGUGCUGCCAAUAUUGAAUCGCCAAUGCCUGGAAGACUAUCCUGUGCCUGGCUUUCCGAAGUAUGUCAUUAAGCGGAAUAUGCGCGUGUUGAUACCCGCUGGCGCUAUGCAUCGCGAUCCCGAUCUAUAUACCAACCCGGAUAAAUUCGAUCCCGAACAUUUUUCGCCGGAAGAGGUAGCGCAACGUGAUGUCAUAGAGUUUUUACCCUUCGGUGAAGGGCCACGCAAUUGCAUUGGGAUGCGGUUUGGCCAGAUGCAGGCGCGUGUCGGUUUAGCAUGUCUGCUGAGCAGUUUCAAGUUUAGUGUGUGUGACAAGACGCCAAUACCGAUGGUGCUCAAUAAGAGCAGCUUCUUAGUGAGCUCUCAAGAUGGCAUUUACCUGCAAGUGGAUAAGUUGUGAUAUGGCUAGGCGAGUUCGUUAUAUUUUUUGCUGAAAUUGCUAUUAAUGUGUAUUGCAAAACACACAUACGUUGUGGCAUAAAACAGUUAUUGAAAACUUAUUUAGGAUAAAAGUGUAUAUUUACACAAAUUUAAACACUUAAAUAAAGGCAGACUAAGUUUGGUUUAUUAA